AUGAAAAAACAACCAACACUUCUUCGAAGACCCUUACCUCCCAAGCUCCCUAAACUGCCAUUACAUAAGAAGAAAGCCCGUAGAGCCAAGGCCAUUGAAACAGAACAAGAUGUAAAGCUAGCUCAAGAUAAAGCCACUUCAGUUAAAGAAGACAAAAGUUUAAUUCCUGAUGUUGCUUCAGGAAACCAAUCACAAGCCUUUCUGAGUGUCCAAAACCUCUGUAUUGAUCAGCAUAUACAAGAAAAACGGUCUCUUGUAAAACUUUUUCCAACAUCUAAAAAAUCUCUCCAAGACAUUUGUUUCCACAUUCCAGCUACUGCUCGUGGUUCCAUAUUUUUUCCAACUUGUCACUCAGCUUCAGCUAGAGUUUUUGGGAAAGAAAUAAGUCAAAUAGAAAGUUUAAGACAGUCAAAGAGACAGUUAUCCAAAGUAAAAAGUAAAAAUGUUGAUGAACGUUUACAACACGUCCUAAUUCUUAAUCCAAAUUUCUCCAAACCUUUCAGUGACCAUGGCCAAUUUAUCACUACCACAGACAAGGUUUUCAAUGAUAAAUAUCCACCAAAAAUUUCUGCGGAGUAUACUUCUGAGAUCCCCCUGAUAGAUUUAAGUACAGCAAUGCAAAGUCCUCUACCUAGUGUUUUAUCUUCUAAGCCAGAAAAACAACCAUCUGACCACUUACUACGAAAUACUCCUGUGGUAUUAAAUAUCAGUGACUUUCCUGGCCCCAUUGUCAUGCCACCACCAGUUAUACCAAGAAAACCUCAAAGACAUUCUAUUAUAGAAAAUCUUAUAGUAGAAAAUGAAGCUGCUGAAGAUUUGGCACCAAAGCAAAGAGCACUAAGUAUAUCUCAAGCUCCCACUAAGACUAAAAAAAGAGAGGAAGCGGAUGCAAAUGUUGUACUUGGUGAAGGUUUUAAGAUUUUCUCGACAACGCAAUAUGAAACAAUAGUGGCUUUGACCAAUUUGGCCAUACUAAACUGCCAAAUCUAUGGAAGAAAUGCACUGAAUUUUAAGGGUUUUUUUAUCCUCGAUUGUCCUGACUUAACACCUUUGGCUUUCCAAUUGAUUUAUCUUAAUUUGUCAUUUAAUGAUAUACGAACUUUUCCCUCACAAGUAUUUUGUCUUAAGAAUCUACAAAUUUUAAAACUGAGAAAUAAUCCCAUCAAAGAAAUCCCUUCUGACAUUGAAAAUCUUAAGUACCUUCAAGUUCUCAUCAUGGCCUUUAAUUUACUUACGUCUCUUCCACCUGGGUUAUUUAACUUGCCCUAUCUCGAGGAACUUGACGUUUCCUACAAUGGCAUUACUUCUAUUCCAAAUGAAAUCCAGAAUCUCAGAUCACUUGAAAAACUGAGUGUGAAUGGGAAUGAACUGACUUCCUUCCCAUCUGGAAUGUUGAAGCUGAACCUGAGGAAAAUCCUAUUUGAUAAUAAUUACACGCAUCCUCAUUUUUGGAAAGAGAAUUCUUUCAAUAGCCCACAGCAGCUCAAGUGCAUUGCUUCUUCAUUCUUUUACAAAAAUAAUCUGCAAAUGUAUUAUGAUGUGAUCCCAGAAAAAGUUCAAAAACUAUUAAUAUGGACUUCCUGUUGUGAGUGGUGCCAGGGGCCCAUGUUUGAUAAAGGUUUUCGCAUCAUCCAACCCUGCAAUGUUUUUGGAGCAACACAGUUUCCUAUAAUGUUUCAUGUCUGUUCUUCUACUUGCUAUGCACAAGUAAAGCAAAGCAGUUAG